UGAAGGACAAGACCCUGCAGGAGCUGGAGGAGAUGCAGAAUGACUCGGCGGAGAUUGACCGGCUGGCCCUGGAGUCCUCUGAGGUAGAGGGAGGCCAUUCUGGGGCCCAGCAAAGGCCAGCAGAUGGGACUUUUUAAGAGGCCAUCUGAAAGGAUGCUGCUUGUUAGGAGCUUUGGCCAAAUUCAUCUCCCUUUUCUGUGGACAUCACCCUGGUUUGGACCCAGCCAGAGGAGCCCCUGAGGUUUCAGGCCAGUUCCUGGGUCCUCUGGGAGUUCUCGGCAGUGCUAGGGAGCCCAGGGCCCCCACGUGGACUCGGACUCCGGGCACUCCCCGGGGACCCAGGCGCCCCAGGAGUCUCUACACUGUUGUUCCAGCCGGAAUCUGAGGCACCUCCUCAAAGCACUGAGCCUUAUACUUCAUAAAGGACUUUCCCUGCCCUCCCCAUCUCCUGUGACCCCGUGACUCCCCUGUGAGGUCAGCGACCAGAUGUGGCCACAUAGCUGGAAAUGCCCGCAGUCACCCCUUGAGUGGCUGCAGCCCGCCCGUUGUUCUGGAAGCUCCUGCCUCCUGCCCCUGAGGUCCAGGACCUGCAGCUGGCACGGGAAAUGGCGCUGGCCACCAACCGGAGCCUGGCCGAGCAGAACCUGCAGUUCCAGGGUCCCCUGGAGGUCUCCCGCUCAGUGCUCUCUGACAAAUACCAGGAGCUCUGGAAGCUUGUGGAGCGGUGCCAGGAGCAGAAGGCAAAGCUAGAGAAAUUUUCUUCGGCACUGCAGCCAGGGACACUGUUAGACCUUCUGCAGAUCGAAGGCAUGAAGAUUGAAGAAGAGUCCGAGGCCAUGGCUGAGAAGUUCCUGGAAGGUGAGGUGCCCUUGGAAACGUUUCUGGAGAACUUUUCCUCCAUGAGGAUGCUGUCCCACCUGCGCCGGGUUCGUGUGGAAAAGCUCCAGGAAGUGGUGAGGAAGCCCAGAGCUUCCCAGGAGCUGGCCGGCAGUGCCCCUCCACCCCGCCCGCCACCCCUGCCCCGCCCAGUGCCCCAGGCAGCGCCCCCUGUGGCUGAAGAGCAGCCGCAGCCGCUGCCGCCACCACCACCGUCAGCCGUGCCUCCCUACCCUUUGCCCUACAGCCCGUCCCCCAGCAUGCCCGUGGGCCCCACCGCCCAAGGAGCGCUGCCACCAGCCCCUUUCCCCGUGGUGUCCCAGCCCUCAUUCUAUGGCGGGCCCCUGGGCCCCACUUACCCGGCAGCCCAGUCAGGACCCAGGGCUGCUGCGGGCUACUCCUGGUCCCCGCAGAGGAGCAUGCCAUCCCGGGCGGGCUAUCCCGGGACGCCGCCUGGUGCUUCUGGCCCUGGGUACCCCUUGGUGGGAGGGAAGGCCCCCAGUCCUGGUUACCCUCAGCAGUCCCCGUACCUCCCAGCAGGAGGAAAACCUCCCUACCCCAUGCAGCCCCAGCUCCCCAGCUUCCCCGGACAGCCCCAGCCCUCAGUGCCCACUCAGCCCCCGUAUCCCCCUGGGCCUGCCCCUCCCUACGGGUUUCCACCGCCUCCAGGGCCUGCCUGGUCCGGGUAUUAGACCCACGCCUGGCCCUCGGCCCCUCCCUCCUCCCACCUGUACUGCAGCCUUUGGCCCACCCGUCACCGAGACCCAAGGGGAAACUAGAAGUGGCGCUGGCGCUCCCUGUGGACUUGUGUCGACACACAGGCCUUGGAGGGACCUGGCUGGGAGCAUGUAGGCCCCCAGAAGGCACUGGGCAGUGUGACCAGGUGGUCCGAGGCAGACAGUCAUAACACUUGCCGGCGUUCUGGCCAGAGGUCCUCCUGGGCUCUCCUUUCUGUGACUGGCGGUAGCAUUUCUGGUGCUAGCCAGGCUGGCAGUGCAGUGCCUCGCGCGGUGUGUGAGCGAGCGAGCGUAUGCACGUGUCUGUGAGCAUCUGCCGUGCCUGCGCGCAAGGCCGGCGAACCCCGCGCAGAGCUGUCUUGGUGAUGCGGCGGCCCCAGGUUUCUGGCCUUGCUCACCUCCUCCCUCUCCCCUGGGGUUUGGCAUAUCUGACUUGGGGCCCAUGCCAAGGGAUGCAGCUCUGUGUGUCUGCCUAGUCCCUCAAAGCUGGUCUGCCCCAUGCACCAUGGCAAGGAUCAGAUUAGAGGGGGAGAACAGAGUUAGGAAAAACAAUGAUUUUUGAGCCCUAUAAAGCCAUAAUUUCACUCCAAUAGCUGAUGUCAGGCAAGCUCGUCCCUGGCAGCAGUGCGAUGCAGGGAGCAGGCUGUGGGUUGUGAAGGCUGACCUCAGACCUGGCUUGCGCUGGUUUGGGAGCCUUGGGUCCUCUGGCUGGAGGGAAGGAAGUAGCCCUAGCCCAGGAGACUGUGGUCGAAUUGGGGUCUUUUAGGAGUAGGGGACCAGGUCACCUUCCCAGCCGCCCUUCUCUCUCCGGCCCUACACUUCAGGUUGACUUUUCCUGAGGUCCACCCAUCUGUCCAGUUCUUCAGUGCCUUGAAUCUCGUUCACAGCAGCCCCCUCCUUCUAGCCCCUCCUCCGGCCUCUUUGAUGUAGUUCUCCCCUGCCCCGGUACCUCUCCUGGGACAGACAUCGAAAGAUGCCCUCACAGUUACUUCCCAAGUGGUGCUCUCUGAAACACCAUCUCUACGUUGGGGGUGGUUUCUUUGCACCUCUCUCAUCUUCAGAAUGUAAAGGGUGGGGGUUGUGACUCCGUGUCAGGCGCAGCCCCAGUGUAUUGUGGGGAUGUAGGCACGUUCACUAAUGAGAAUGACAGCAGUAGACCAAGGGGGGUGUGAUAACUGAAGCAUUAACUUGGUUGUUCCGAAUAUGAACCAGGGCUCAGGGCAGAGCCUGGAGCUGCUAUUGGUGGGGAAGUCGUAUGUGCCUUGAAAUGUCCACUACCUGAAGACCCAGCAUCUGGAGGGCCGGGGGUGCUGGGGCCCAAGGAGGAAACUUGCCCUCCUGGUGCCUGCCCCCUCCCCGGCCUGCCCCCUCCCUGGCCUGCCCCUCCCUGGCCUGCGUGCCAUCAGUGGGCGUGUGUGAUGCUAGGUGAGUGCUGCCGGCUCCUUCCCAACUGUGCUUGCUUCUCCUAAGUUAUUUAUAAAGAGAAAUCACUAAUGGACUCUACUGGUUCCAGUGCUUCUGAACUGGAUGAACGAUCGCCCAUAUGUUUGUAUAAUUAAUUGCCAUAAUAAACUUUGAUGAGAUA